AGAAGGGAUAUGAACAGCUCAUUCCUUCAUAAUAAUUUCAUAUUCAAGUUUUAAACCUGGGGCUUUAUAUGUGGUGACAAAGGAAAACAAAAGUGUGCAACUUCGAACGUUGCUGUCUGGCUAAUUGCAAUCCAGUAAUUUCCUUGCCAGCGGAAGUGUGGACAUUUGACAUCAAACUGCACAUACGUGACUUUAUCAGUAUGGCCACCUCUCUGGACAAAGGUCAGGUCCCUUCACGUGCCAAAGGUCAGACAACAUGUAUUCACCACAAGGGGAGACAACUUGAUUUGUUUUGUGAGGAAUGUAGUGAGAUAGCAUGUACACAAUGCUUGGCAACGGUGCACAAACGUCAUUCGAUGUGUGAGCUUCAAGAAAUUAUACCCCAAAAGAAAAAGGACAUUACGGAUUUCAUAGACAAAAUAGAAAAUGUUGACCUUGUACAAACCACUCAAUAUAUCUCAUCCGUUGAAUCUGAUCUUAAUGAAAACUCAAGCAGAUUUGAACAACUUUCAAUUCAGCUAAAGAAUCAAACAAAGAAAUUGAAAAAAGACCUGGAUUUGCUAGCGUCAGAAACAUUGUCCCUUUACCGACAAAUGGAGGAGGAUAACGCCCGGCUACUACAGACGUACAGACAGGACCUGGAGAGGUUCAACACCCAGCUAAAACAACAGAUACAAGAAUGCAAGUUAGUACUUCAACGUGGCUCCAACCUCGAGAUUUACGAUACAGCGCGUGGUGUUCACGAUUCACAUGUGACAUUCCCGGUAAAGCCUGAAUUGGGUACAGUAACCUUCUCCCCGAACAGAAAUCCUAUAACUCAAUUGAAACUGGCAGUGGGAGAAAUGUCCACUUCCGGUGAAAAUGUACGUUCAACCUUACAAGGUCAGGAUCGGCCAUUAGGAACACCAACAGACAAAGGAACGCGUUCUAAAAGGCGACAACCAAGACUUACAAGGAGAAAACUGCCAACAGAACAAAAGGACUUAUGCACAUUAUGGCCAAAGACGAAAUUGAUCGACGAAUUUCAGAGUCCGUGCAAAGUUGGUUCGUUAUGUUCGAAUGAUAAUGGUCAGUUAUGGACAAAGUAUGGCAAAGCGUUGACUCUCCUUGAUGCAGACGGCACCGUAAUCCAACGUGUUGACCACAGCUCUUGGAUAAAUGCAAUUAGUUUGUCACCCAAAACAAACGCGCUCUGGAUCUGUGACGAUGACAACAUUUUUCAGUUUGAAUCGGGGAAAUUAAAGCGCAGAUUUAGCGUUGAUGACGAUCCUUUGUGUAUUUGCAUUACAUCUAGCAAUGAAGUCAUUGUCGGGAUGACUUGUCGCAUAGCAAAAUUUACCACGAAAGGAGCAGCCAUGGUCACUACGGCGUCUUCUAGAGGUGAAGAACCUUUGGUGCGUUCACCAUACAAGAUCUCGGAGUGUCGCGUCACCCAGGACAUCGGUGUGAUUGAGAGGAAUUCUGAGAGAGAUGGCGGUAAUGGAAAUCAACAAGUGGUUGUCUUUGACACAGAUCUUCAUAAACAGUUUGUUUACAAUGGCGACAUUGCCAGUGGAAAUGCCACACAAAAGCGGAAACCGUUUGACCCAUGCGACUUAGCGUAUGAUGUUGCUGGGAAUCUUGUGGUUGGGGACUGUGCCAACUGCCACAUUCUACUGUUAAGUGGGUGUGGCGAUUUUCUCAGGGUCAUACAUACAGACAAGCUCAACACGUGGGCUGUCGGUUUGGAUAAGGAUGAUGACCUGUGGGCUGUGUUUGGAGGUACAAAUAUCAAACAUCUGAAAUAUAAAAGAACAAAGUAAUUCUGGAACUUUGAUGAUCAUCAGAUUAUUUACUCUUAUCGUUUGUGUGGGGAUUUCAGUUUACAAGGACGUGUGUUCUAUAUCAUACAGUACAGUUUGUGUGGUGAUUUCAGUUUACAAGGACGUGUGUGAUCUGCAUUAUACUGUACAGUUUGUGUGGGGAUUUCAGUUUACAAGGACGUGUGUGAUCUGCAUUAUACUGUACAGUUUGUGUGGGGAUUUCAGUUUACAAGGACGUGUGUGAUCUGCAUUAUACAGUACAGUUUGUGUGGGGAUUUCAGUUUACAAGGACGUGUGUGAUCUGCAUUAUACAGUACAGUUUGUGUGGGGAUUUCAGUUUACAAGGACGUGUGUGAUCUACAUUAUACAGUACAGUUUGUGUGGGGAUUUCAGUUUACAAGGACGUGUGUGAUCUACAUUAUACAGUACAGUUUGUGUGGGGAUUUCAGUUUACAAGGACGUGUGUGAUCUGCAUUAUACAGUACAGUUUGUGUGGGGAUUUCAGUUUACAAGGACGUGUGUGAUCUGCAUUAUACAGUUCAGUUUAUGUGGGGAUUUUAGUUUACAAGGACGUUAGUGGUCUUCAUCAUACAGUACAGUUUGUAUAGGGAUUUUAAUUAACAAGGACAUCAUACAGUACAGUUUGUGUGGGGAUUUCAGUUUAAUCAAUAUGAAAACUGACCAGUAUUCUAUAUGAAGCUGUUAAACUUUGACAAGCCAGUAAUUCAAGGUGACACAGACUUCAAUAUGCCGACCAUUUACCUGUAACUCGAUCGACAUUUGUAUUACAAAUUGGAUCUUCGGUGUCAUCGCUAUGUUACUUUGGUGUUUCGUCACGUGACACUGAAAUUGUUUAAGCCAAUAACACAAUCAGCGUGUAUUUCCCCUGAACCAAGUCCCGGUGGAAAAUGUGUUUCCUAGGUUUGUAGCGGUUUUCCUGAGUAAUUAAUAUAUGAAAUGGGUACUCUCUAUAUACAAGAAUAAAGAUAUAAGGUAUUUAGAUUUGAAAAUUUGAAAAAAUAUACACUUCUACUGAAAAUAGAAUGACGUAGGAUUCGUGGUGUAAAAAGCGGGAAUCCCCAAGGUGGGGGUUCCCCAGUGUAAUGAAAAUGUCAGGGUUACUGUCUUUCGAGUACAUAUGCCAUUCAACCUAUACUAUAACAACAUUCAUCAGAUAGAAAAAAAAACUCAAACUUUAAUUUGAUAUAAAUGUCACGUCAUUUGAAUUUCAAACGAGUGAAUGAAGGGAUGGAGUCACUAGUAGAAAUAUAUAGUAAGUUAUUUAUUUAGUUGUGUGAGUCUUUGUACGGCUUCCUUACAAUAAUGUAUAGAUAGGGAGGAUAAUGUAUAUAUAUUUUCAUAUUUUACGAUUUAAAUGUUUGAUUAAAUGAUCGUCAAACUAAGGCUAACUAAAAGAAUAAAAGUUAUCU